GCGGCGGGCAGCUCCGCCACAGCGCGAUGAGCUCCGAGUGCAGCAGCUACCUCAACGCCGACAGGGUGCUGGUGAGCGGCUUCAGUUGCCCGCGGGUGGGAGGCGAUGCCCGCGCCGUGUACUGCUGUGGUUUCCAGGACGUCAAGUACUGCUGCGAUGACCCCCACAGCUUCUUCCCCUACGAGCACAGCUACAUGUGGUGGCUCAGUAUUGGAGCGCUUGUGGGCCUGUCAAUAGCAGCGGUGGUCCUGUUUGCUUUUAUCAUCACUGUGUGUGUUCUCUGUUAUUUGUUUAUCAGCACAAAGCCACGCAGCAAACUGGAUACUGGUUUAAGCCUACAGAUGGCAGGUAUGGAACUGCAUCCUUCACAUGGCUCUUACCAGUAUAAGCUGUUGACAGAACCAAAUGGCUUCGAGAGUGUCCUCAGCCACAAGGAUAGACUGUGACCCACAAGAACCUCACCAACUCUUCCAGAGUUGUUUCCAGGUUGCAGCAAUCACAGCUGAUAUCAAGGCGCCAACCUGAGGCUGUGCCAGGAUAUGUAUUUCUGUAUGGUUACUGUACUGGGAAGUAUAUAUUUUAAUUUGCACCAGAUACUGCUGAUAGUUAUUUUCAUGUGAAUUGUCGUCUUAUGCUGUGCAGUUCCAGUGAUAUAACAGUUGUCAGGCAGAGCAUAAUUUGGUACACCCAAAUUAUGUUGAGCAAGAGUUUUUAAAAUUUUCCUUGUGUGCCAUCUUAACGUGAUGUCUUUGCAUCAUUAGUAUGAUCUAUAAUCAAGUGUGAUGGUUUGGUUCACAAACAUGUGAAUGCAAUGCAGUACCUCAAUAAAAUCUGGCAUUCACUUGUGUUGUUUUUUCUUAAUUCAUCACUUGGUU